ACCAAACGACGGGGUUUACAACCGCAUUCCAGGAUCUAUUUGGGAUUAUAGAACACAUUUCUCACAUCCUCCGUAAUAAAUAUUUCGUUAAUUUCGAUUGAAUAAAAAUUUCGCAGACGAGAGAAAGAUUGGGACGACACAGUUUUGAGUGUCUAGAUAACAUUAACCUAACUUUGUAUUUUACUGGCGAGGCGAACAAUUGUUCUCGAGCAUCGUGCUUUGCUUGAAUUGCCAUGCACGAGAGUUAAAAAAAGAAACAUUGGAAUCCAUGCUGUCGUUCAAAGAGGAUUCAAUGAAAAUGUCUGUCUGCACUCACGAGAACCGCAAGUCGAGAGGCAGCAGUGCGUCCAUGAACAUCUUCCUGUUCCACAAGUCCUCUUACGCCGACAGCGUCCUCAUGCACCUCAACUCCCUGCGGCAGCAGCGGCUGUUUACCGACGUCCUGCUGCACGCCGGCGCGCGCUCAUUCCCCUGCCACCGCGCCGUGCUCGCGGCCUGCAGCCGCUACUUCGCAGCCAUGUUCAGCGGCGGGCUACGGGAGAGCCAGGCCAGCGAGGUGGACUUCCGGGACUCGGUCCACCCCGAGGUUCUGGAGCUGCUCCUGGACUACGCCUACUCGUCGCGUGUCGUCAUCAACGAGGAGAAUGCCGAGUCGCUCCUGGAGGCCGGAGACAUGCUGGAAUUCCAGGACAUCCGAGACGCGUGUGCGGAGUUCCUCGAGAGGAACCUGCACCCGUCCAACUGCCUGGGGAUGCUGCUCCUUGCCGAUGCACAUCAGUGCACUAAGCUCUCCGAGCUCUCCUGGGGAAUGUGCCUUGGUAACUUCCCGGCCAUCUGCAAGACAGAGGACUUCCUGCGGCUGCCGAAAGACAUGGCGGUCCAGCUGCUGUCGCACGAGGAGCUGGAGACGGACGACGAGAGAGUUGUCUAUGAAACCGCCCUCAGCUGGAUCAACUACGACCUGGAGCGACGCCUCUGCCACCUCCCGGAGAUCCUGAGGGCCGUCCGGCUGGCGCUGCUGCCCGCCAUCUUCCUCAUGGAGAACGUCUCCACGGAGGAGCUGAUCAACGCCCAGGCCGAGAGCAAGCAGCUGGUGGACGAGGCCAUCCGCUGCAAGCUCAGGAUCCUGCAGAACGAGGGCGUGGUCACCAGCCCGUUGGCCCGGCCGCGGAAGACCAGCCACGCCCUCUUCCUGCUGGGCGGACAGACCUUCAUGUGCGACAAGCUCUACCUGGUGGACCAGAAGGCCAAGGAGAUCAUCCCCAAGUCUGACCUUCCGAGCCCCAGGAAGGAGUUCAGCGCCUGCGCCAUCGGCUGCAAGGUCUACGUGACAGGUGGGCGGGGCUCCGAGAAUGGGGUCUCCAAAGAUGUCUGGGUGUACGACACGUCCCACGAGGAGUGGUCCAAGGCAGCUCCCAUGCUGAUCGCCCGGUUUGGCCACGGUUGUGCCGAACUCAAAAACUGUCUCUACGUGGUGGGCGGACACACGGCCGGCACUGGCAGCCUCCCGGCCUCCCCCUCCCUAUCCCUCAAGCAGGUGGAGAAGUACGACCCAGUCAGCAACCAGUGGGCCAUGGUGGCCCCUCUCAGGGAAGGGGUUAGCAACGCGGCCGUCGUCAGCGUGAAGCUCAAGCUGUUUGCGUUUGGUGGUACCAGUGUCGCCCACGACAAGCUCCCCAAGGUGCAGUGCUACGACCCUCAGCAGAACCGCUGGAGUGUCCCGGCCUCCUGCCCGCAGCCCUGGCGCUACACCGCCGCUGCCGUCCUCAACAACCAGAUCUUCGUCAUGGGAGGGGACACCGAGUACUCUGCGUGUUCGGCCUACAGAUUCAGCAGUGACAGCUACCAGUGGACCAAGGUUGGAGAUGUGGCGGCCAAGCGGAUGAGCUGCCAGGCGGUGGCUUCCGGAAACAAACUGUUUGUGGUGGGCGGGUAUUUCGGGACCCAGCGGUGUAAGACCCUGGACUGCUACGACCCAACGCUGGACGCUUGGAACAGCAUCACGACCGUGCCCUACUCCCUGAUCCCCACCGCCUUCGUCAGUACCUGGAAACAUCUACCGACCUAACCUUUUCAGAGUAGGCCUCCCAAGAGAAGAAGAGAGGAGGAGGAGCAGGUGGGGGAGCAGGAGGAGCAGGAGGAGCAGGAGAGCACAGCUCAACACGCAGGACUGGAGAGUCGGUGACGAGUGAGAUCAUGUCAGGUUUACAUAAAGGAUGAAACUAUCUUUUAGUUUUUGCAUCGUAUUUGUCUAUUGAGACUGAUCCAAUCAUUCCUUACUUUAUCAGUGGCAGUAGUAUUAUGUUAGGCGUCCAGUAACAGAGGGUUAGUUUAUAGGGCUGUUUCAGCCCGUAAAUGAAUGAGGAAGAGUGUUAGUAAUAGGUGGCUAAAAUGAGAUGUUUGACUGGAUCUGCUGUGCUCGGUCUGGACCAGUCCAGGCUGGGUCAUCAUCCUGAUCAGUCACCAGUAACCAGACCGGUCUGGACCAGUCCAGGCUGGGUCAUGGGAGGAGACCGGCUUCGGUGUGAGUGAGACCUGUCAUUGAUCCAAGGAUCUUGCAGUUAUUGAACGUUUCCUUACUGUGGACUUGUACCAUAAACACGUGUCACCGAUGUAAAUUGGUUAAACUCACACCUCAAGUAUAAAUACUGUCCAUCCUCAUUGGCGUAGCUGUCAGAGAGCCUGAGUUUGAAUACCAGUGUGGGAAACUACGCCCGUUACACACGUGCACACUAGCCAGAGAUCCUCAUGAGGAGCAACGCAACUACGCCCGUUACACACGUGCACACUAGCCAGAGAUCCUCAUGAGGAGCAACGCAACUACGCCCGUUACACGCCAGGAACUCACGCCAGGAACUCAAGAAGACAUGUUUCAUACACUCAACUCUGCAACUGAAUGUUUUUGACAGAAUGCUAUUUGUUUAACAGAAUGUAGUUUCCCUUCUUCUGGCUGCUUGUGUUGUUUUACACAUUAAGUUAACUUUGUUUUUGUGUUGUUACUUGUAAUUGUUUGCACAUUUUCUUCUGACCCAGCAACAUGUACCUCAACAUGUUAAUAUUGAGGAUUUGCCAAAUUCUAUGUAAAGCCUGGAGGAACAGAAGAUACUUCUCUUUGUUCUCUUGUUACCGCGGGAACUGAGGUCUAUGGGAUUUCUCAUUCUCAUGAUGGAUGAUUACACAUGGAUGAUUUCCUAAAGAAAUUACAUGUCAAUAUAUAUAUGUGUGUGUGUGUGUGUGUGUGUAUAUAUAUAUAUAUAGAACCCUUAUAAACAAUAUCUAUAAAUGCCUUGAGAGUUGGUUACUUCCAAUUUGUGUUCAGGUAUACAAAUCACAAAUGUAGACAUCUAAGUGUUGUUGAUGGUUAAAUAUGUAACAUUUUGCAACUGAUCAAGGAAGAACAGUUUCUCUAUUUGGCUUGACAGGAAUCGUCUUGCUAGUCUUGUAAUUUGUGUUACUGUUUGACUGUGUGUCUUCUAAGCGCCACAGCAGGGUGAAUCACGAGUACAUUCCUUCCUGUUUAACAGUGUAAUACACAGUGGAAACUAAUCAUUUUGCUUAAACUUUAACAGACGUUUCCAUUUCAUUUUCUAUUUGUUUACGGACUUUGUUUUGUGUUUUCCCAAAAACAUUUGGUGGCGUUUGUUCAGAGCUGGGUUGGUGUUCUUGAUAUUCUGGUGGCAUUGUGACGCACCCUGACGAAUAUUUACGUAUCGCUUGACUGCAUAUGGAUGUUAUUGAUAUUAAGGUAUUUCUUGACUGCAUAAGGAUGUGCUAUCAGGAAGUGAAACAUGGUACAGGAGACAGGACGUGUUGUGUUUGUAGACAUUCCAUUUUGUCAGACAGAAGUCUCCAUUUUGUACAAGUGUAUUCUUUUUCACAGUGUGAAAUUCAUAUUAAAAAUAAGAGUUUUUCCUCUUCAAUGUAAAAGCUGA